AUGUCUCGCGUCGUGUCGCGAGUGGGUUUGUCGCGGUGUCGGGUUUCCCGAGCGUUUCCGCCAACGGAACUAGAGAAAGAGCUCGACGAAGACGUAAAGAGAUGUGUUUACAUGGAAACUGACGCAGAAGGAUUCAUAUUACCGGUCGGAGGUUUAAGUGCCGCGAAAUUAGUAGUCGGCGCUCGAUUAGCUCCAGACGUCCACGCGCGGAACGCAGUCCUGUCUGUAGUCAGUCGGGAGAACCUCUCGCUGCAAAUACGCAUCGAAGCCGAUAUUCCGCCGCAUCACGAACUUUUGCUGUGGCCCGACGAGCAGCUGUCGGCGAUCGCUGCCGUACCGUUCUUGACGCCCAAGAAUAUAUUCGGAAAGAAUGAAUACGUAUGUCACGAGUGCAACUCACAAUACGAGCACCCCAACCUACUGAAAGUUCAUCUGUUGUUGGGUUGUUCGUCGCCAGACACCGCGCGUUUCUGGCGAACAAUUACUAAACGACUCGGCGCUCCUAGUCAAUCGGCAUUCACUGUUUACUCGCGGCUACCAUCGCCCACCAUCAUACCGGCUCUAGGCCCCGCGGAGCUAGAAGCCAUCGCAGCUGAGUGGGGCAGAUCGCGGGGGGCUCACGUAUGCGUGUACUGCGGGAAAGCCUAUUCAAGGAAAUACGGUCUAAAGAUCCACAUUCGGACGCACACCGGUUACAGGCCGCUACGGUGUAGGUACUGCGCCAGAGCUUUUGGGGAUCCGAGCAACUUGAACAAGCACGUGAGGCUGCACACGGGCGGCAGCGCGGGCGGCGCCCACGUGUGCCCCGCGUGCGGCCGCGCGCUGGCCAGGCGCCGCGACCUCGAGCGACACCUGCGCGCGCACGCCGCGGCCGACAGGUGA